UUGUUUCUCCUUCCUCCUCUCGCGCGCGGGUGUACACUGCUCGAAAGGCUGGCGCGAGGGCCGGCGCCGCGGCGCGCUCCUGGCGGGCGGGGCUGGCGCGAUGAAGCGCACCGCGGCCCCCCCCGCGCCGGCGGCGGCGCGCGGGCGAAACGGCGUCGGCGACGGCCGGGGCCACCCGCAGCGGAGGCCGGGGGGGGGGAGAGGAGGAGGAGGGAGGAGGAGAAGAACUGGGACCAGGCCCCGGCCGACGCUGACAGACAAGAAACAUGUCGGCGAGGCCGGGCAGGGCGCGGCGCGUGGCUUGCCCGACGCGCGCAGCCCGGCCCGGCGACGCCCCCGAACCCCCGAGAGCGCGGCGGCGCGAGGAUCACGGGCGCCCUGCCGCUUCGGCCGCGCGCGCCCCCAGCCCUCCCCAGACAUGAUCGCGUCGUAAAAAAUUCAGGAUGACGGUUUCUCGCCGUUUUCGGCCUCUCGAGGGCCCCGCUGGGCCCCAGGGCCGCCAAGAAACGGCUCGGGAUGAGAAACCGAGCCCCGGGGAGAGGGUCGGGACUUCUGGGGACGCCGUCCCGAAAAAAUCAGGGCGUCGCAUGUCUGGGUCGGACACGCGAGGUCGGCGGCCUACUCCCCCUCCUCCUCCUCCUCCUCCUCCCGGCGGCUCGAAGGCGAGGCCCCGGAGGGGGAGGCUCUCCCCCAGGACGGCGGGGCCCUGGCCAGCCCCUGGGCCUAUCACCCCCAGCGCUGCCCCCUAUCAGCGCUUUCAAAUCGAAACUCGGCUCUGUGGUGGCGGCCUGUCGGGACGGUGCGGGCACCCCCGGAAGCCUCCCGACGAGGCGCAGCUGAUGGAACCCUCCC